CGUAGCAGGCGGACGCCUGUGCCCGUGUUGAUAGUGCUACUGCCGAUUUAUUAGGCCAAUACGUUUAAAGUGUAAUGGAUUCGGUACUGAAAAAUAUUCGUCACAGUGAUAGCGUGACUUAGACAAUAAAACUACCAUUAUCCAGUGCAUAUUUGGAACUGUUUGAAUUUUGCAAGAAGUUUUACGUUGUGUUAUUUUUUUAGUGGUUGUGCGAUGUGUUUGAAAAUGUACGCCGAAAGUUUAUGUCACUUCACGAUUUGGACAGCGAACGAAGAUUUCGGAUCUGACUAUCAGAUAUAUUUGCACAUCAUUCCUGCACUAUAUGUAGCUAUUGUGUGUUAAAUAAUACAAAUGAUAGUUAGAAAAUAAACGUCAUGAGCAUAGUCGAAUGUGUGCAGAAAAUUAUAUUGGCGUUCCUAUUGUUCGCCAUAUCGAAAUCGCCGUCGGCAACGCACAAUUCUAUCAUUUCAGGUAGCGCGUUGACUCCGGUGGCUGGGACCGUGACACGGGUAUCGUCGGUGGCGGGCGGCGACGCAGAUCUGCCGUGCGACUCCCGCCCGCCGCUGCACAAUGACAGCCUCCUUCUCGUCGUCUGGUAUAGGGACGACAAUCCUGUUUACAGUUACGAUACGCGUGUGCAAGGCCCUACCGCACACUGGACGGAUGACGCGUUCGCCGAGCGGUCGCGCUGGCUGGGAAUGCCGCACUCUGCGCUGCGCCUGCGCAACGUGCAAGCCCGCGAUCGCGCUGUCUACAGGUGCCGUGUCGACUUCCAAGUCUCCCCUACAAGGAACUACAGAAUCGCUCUUGAUGUUAUUGAACUCCCGAACAAACCGGUGAUCUUCGAUGAGUACGGCAACGAAGUGUCGGGAGUUGCCGGACCUUACUACGAGGGCACUGAUUUCAAAUUAAUAUGCUCAGUAAGUGGAGGUAAUCCAAUUCCGCGAGUGCAGUGGCUUCAGGGCGAUACGGUUCUAGCUACGUUAGGUGUCGGCGAAAUUCAACUCGGCCCGACGAGGUCAUUGAACCUGCUAAUACGGAAUGCAUCGCGAUCGCAUUUCACAACAGUCUACACUUGUACAGCAGACAACACUUUGUUGGCACCUCCACAGCGAUCUACAGUUCGUGUGGAUCUUUACUUACGACCGUUAACGGUUGAAAUACUGUCAAGAGAACAACCGUUGUCAGUGGGAAGGAAAGCAGACCUGUGGUGCAAAUCGACCGGAGCACGGCCGCCAGCGACUAUUACUUGGUGGCUGAGCGGGAAGAAAUUAAAUUCAGAAACGAAACAACAGAUAUCCUAUAAAAAGAUGACGAUGGAAGAAGGUAAUGAAACGCAAUCGUUGUUGCAAUGGACGCCACAAAAAGAGCACAACGGACAAAUACUGGCGUGCAGAGCGGAGCAUACCAAGUUCAAUCAGUCCACUAUUGAAAGCAGAUUGACUUUGAACAUAUACUAUGUGCCAAUAGCGCGAAUGCACCUCGGUUCCAAGAUGAAUCCGAACGACAUUGAGGAAGGCGAUGACGUGUACUUUGAAUGCGAGGUCGACGCCAAUCCGCCCGCCUAUAAAGUAGUCUGGGAACACAAUGGUGUUUUAUUACAAAAUAAUCCUCCCAAUGGAGUAAUACUGACUGGUAAUACAAACCUAGCGUUACGUAACGUGUCUCGACACCAAGCUGGCAAGUACACGUGCACCGCAUCAAACGUGGAAGGCGACGGAAAGUCACCGCCUUUGCAUCUGCAAGUUGUUUACCGUCCCGUGUGCCGGCGGGGCGAGGUUAAAUUGAUCGGGGCUGCAUUACAAGAGCCAUCGAGCGUCGAAUGCGAAGUCGACGCGUUUCCACCGCCCAAUACUUUCGAGUGGACUCUCAACAACUCCGCGACCUCGAUAAAGGUCGAUCCUGACCGAUUCUCGAUUGACGCGUCUGCUGGAAAAUCGAUAUUAACAUAUCUGCCAGUAUCUGAAAUCGAUUACGGGACGCUGUCGUGUCGGGCGACAAACCUAGCGGGGCAGCAAGUCACUCCAUGCAUGUACACACUGCUGCCGGCGACACGGCCCGACCCGCCGACCAACUGUACGGUGUACAACCUCACUCACGACUCAUUGGAUUUAAUGUGCUUACCAGGUUAUGAAGGUGGUCUUCAAUGUGUGUUUGUUGCUGAAGUGUGGGCAAACGAGGGACUUGUUGUUAAUGCAAGCAAUGGAGCAGCACUAUGGAAUCUUAGAAGACUCGGAGCUAAGAGACAGUUGAAAAUAAUUGUUUAUGCAGCAAACGCUAGAGGACGAUCAGAACAUGUAAUUUUUACAGUGGAAACAGCGCCUAGAUUGUCCCCAAGAACUGAAGCGCAAGAAGCGUGGGAGGUGAACUGGGCAGUGGGCGGCGUGUUAGGCGCGGCAUGCACAGUCGCGCUUAUCUUAUGCUUGGCGCUAAUCGCCACCAGAUUACGACACCGGUCGCGGGAUUAUGAAGUUACUAUGCAACUAGCCAAAAAUCAAAAGUCAACUCCAUUAAAACGACAAUCUCCUGACGAUCGGAAUCCAGAUUUAAUUCCUUUAAAUAAAGGAGCAGACUGCCCGCCGGAUCCGCCACAUUACUCAACGGUGGUCAAUAAACAAGAGGCUAAGAACUCUAACAGUUCCCAGAGCUUGGUUAGCACACAGACACCUAACACACCCUUAUCGCCUCUCACUCAUAACUCUGAAACUCAGAUUGAUCGUACUGGAAUAAACGGUGCUGCGAGGUUGCACAGAGAAGUGGUUACAACUAGAACACCAUUAUUAGCAGCACAUCAAGAGAGUUGUGUUUAAUACCUAUUCUUACAUUAAAAAUAUUUAUUAAUAUUUUACUUUAAUUCAAAAUAUAUAAAAAA